AUGAAAUCAAAGCCCGCAAUUAGGAGGAAAUCAAUCAUUCGUAAGGAAAAAACUCCUCUAUCACCACCACCAGAAUUGCCUAAUCAUGUUAAUAACAUGAUCUCAGUGUUGAAUGGUAAUGAUAUUAAAUAUAUCAUGUGUAAGACAUUGUUUAUGUCUGAUCUCAGCUAUAACAACAAUCGUCUUUCAAUGCCAAUUACACAAAUUAGAUCUAAUUUUCUCACAGAAAUAGAAAAGACAAUCUUAGAAACAAGGGAUCAAGAAGGAAAGCCGGUCGGUUUAAAAGUGAUUGUGUUAGAUCCUUAUUUUAACGAAUUCCCAUUAUCUUUGAAGAAGUGGAAUAUGAGCACUACUAGUGUUUACAAUCUUGUUCAGGAUUGGUCACCUGUAUUAUUGGAGAAUAAUUUUAAAGAGAAUCAAAAACUUGAUAUUUGGUCAUUUAGGGUCAACGAUAACUUGUACUUUUUACUCGACACUAAGAUGCAAGAAAUUGAAAAAAGUGGAGAAAAGUUGAAGAAUUCAAUUGAUAUCAAAAAUGAAAGAUCGAAGAAAUCAAAGGACGAGAAUUGUGAACUUCAACCAGAAAGAGUUUGA